CACGUGAUUGUCAUGUGACAAAAGCAAAAAUGGAAGACGAUCCGCUCUUGGACCGACGAAAAGAGACAAAACGCAAACAAAUCCAAAGAAAUGGAACCUCAUCGGGAGAAACAUCCCUUGAUGAAAUCGAUCACAUAGAUGUUAUGGCUAUUCAUAAGCCGAAAAAUGAUUUUACAGCUCGGCUAGCACUAUCUAUAGCAGCAUGUACACUAGGUUCAUCAUUUCAGUACGGUUAUAAUACUGGUGUUGUCAAUGCUCCAGAAAAGGUUCUGAAAGGUUUCUACAACACAACAUAUCAGGAAAGACACAAUGAGUCGUUGAAUUGUGGUGACAGUGCUUCUAACUGCACUACGCUCACAAUCCUCUGGGCAACCACUGUCUCCAUAUACUGUAUAGGUGGUAUGAUGGGUGGGGUAUCUGCUGGAUACUGGGCAAAUAGAUUUGGCAGGAAGCGGACACUGUUGCUCAACAACAUCAUCAUGGUUAUAGCAUUGGCUGUGGAAAUACUCUCAAAAAAUCUCAAAUCCUACGAAGUGUUAAUUAUCGGUAGAUUUAUAGCGGGUAUAAAUGCAGGGAUCAACACGGGAGUAGCUCCUAUGUAUCUGUCAGAGAUAUCAACUGUGUCGUUACGAGGUCUGUGCGGUACAUUUAACCAGCUGUGCAUUACAUUUGGGGUCUUCACGUCAACUGUGAUGGGCCUAAAUCAUGUGCUGGGGACUGAUUCCCACUGGCAGUAUGCAUUAGGCUUUCCUGCUCUAAUGGUAGUGUGGCAGUUGUGUACAUUAUCAUUUUGUCCAGAAAGUCCACGGUUUCUUCUCAUACAGAGAAAUUCUGAGGAAGAGGCAGAAAGGGCAUUGGUAUGGUUACGUGGUACACAUGAUGUCAGUGAUGAAAUAGAAGAGAUGAUAGCUGAAAGAGAACAUGCUAAGCAUAUUAAAAAGUUUACUGUCUGUGAUUUAUUUCAUACAGAGGAAUUACGUACACCCUUAGUUAUAUGUCUAGCAAUGCAUCUAUCACAACAGCUGGCUGGUAUAAAUGCUGUUAUAUAUUAUUCAACGAGUAUAUUUGAGACAGCAGGGUUAUCUGAAAGUUAUUCACAGUAUGCCACACUCGGUACUGGGGCUGUCAAUGUAUGUAUGACAUUUGUCUCCGCACUCAUCAUGGAUAAAGUCGGGCGACGUAGUCUACAUUUACUAGGAUUAGGCGGAAUGUUCAUAGCUAGCUAUAUUUUAACUCUAGGACUUAUAUAUGAUCAAUAUGACUCGGGACAUUCCUGGGUGGGUGUGAUUUGUGUGUUAGCUGUGGUGUUCUACAUCAUAUUUUUUGCUUCCGGUCCAGGUGCUAUACCAUGGUUUUUCACUGCCGAGCUUUUUGCUCAAGGCCCAAGGCCUGCUGCAGUCAGUAUCGGGGUUCUCGUCAAUUGGUCGGCUAACUUCUGUGUUGGUCUGUUUUACCCAUUUCUUCAGGAAGCUAUAAAAGCCUACUCAUUCAUCCCUUUUGUUGUGUUCCUGGCAAUAUUCUGGGUGUACACGUUGUUCAGGGUACCGGAGACGAAAGGGAAAACCAUUGAAGAGAUUACUGCUCAGUUUCAAACAAGCGUAAGGUACAGUCCGGUGCCUGUAACAGAUGAAAAUGAUUAGAAUUGUUAAAUACAGUCAAACUUUGUUCGCUGGAACUUAGCAGGACCGGCAAAAUUUGUUGGAGUCAUCAGUAGUUCAAGCCAUCGAACAAUAUACCAGUACAUAAUACAGAGACUUGAACCUUACAAUGAGCCCAAGCGAGGGACAGUGCUCGAAUUAUCCAAGUUCGAGCGAACGAAGUUUGACUGAAGUUUGACUGGCAUAAUUGGUUUAGCCAUUCAAAUUAAUAUGUUUUGUCUUUAAGGCCAGUACUGAAUUGAAAGUUUAAAGAGUUUAUGUACCAUAAGCCAUGACUUACUUAUAGUAUUUUUACCUCUUUUUAAGACUUCGUAUAAAAGGUCUGAAAAUGUUUAAAUGGAUUGUAUGACAGGAGCUUCAAAACAUUAUUUGUAAGCAGCAUACUGUAAAAUAAUGCCAUUCAUGAGGAACAAAUUGUUUAGUAUUUUGAGGCUGGUUCAACUAGGCCAUAAAAUAGAAUACCCUUUAUUCUAAAAUGGGACAACCAUGAAAUUGAGUUCCAUGGAAAUAGCAAUUUUGGCUGAAACCACUAAAUCAUUGACCUCUCUCAAUGGCAAUAUUUGAUCUGAAGCCGAAUUUAUAAAGUUUCUCCAUUUCUUAUCUCAUGGAAGUAUGGCAGCUGAUGCUCGUCAUCAAAUGGUAUUUUAAUUUGGCUGUUCAAAAAAAUAUCCACCCUCAAGCAGGUUUUUCAGGAGAGGAAGUAAUUCUUAGUAAUAUGAAAAGGGAGAUUAAUUAAUUAUUGAAAUUUCUGUUCAGAAAGGCACCUCUAUUAUCUUUUUGAACUUGAAUUGGGAAAGUGGGACUCUGGCAAUGAUGCUUGUGGGGGGGAGGGGAGUUGAUAGGAAAGACAGAUAUUUUCUUAGAAGCUAUAACAUUUGUUUAAGUUUUCUUUCUCUAAAGUAAAGUUGGGUAACUUGUUCUUCUUAUAUUGACCAUCCCUCUAUCCAUCUGGGUAGAACAUUUCUGAUCGUUUAGGCCUAUGGCAGUUUCUUGGUGACUCUUGUAUUCAUUAGGCGACUUCUUUUGUGUUGACCUCUAGAUUGAAAAUAGUUUUUGGUCAAUAAUUAAGACAACAAUCAGGCCUUCACCUAACAAAUCUUACAGAAUGAUCAAUGAUGCCUAUAAUUUUAAAGGUCACUUGGUUAAAGGUCAAUGUGAAAGUGACACCAAGACUAAAAUCAGCUUCUGAUCAAUUCUCAAGAUUAGUAACUAGAAAAAUACUUGGGUCUGUAACCGUUAUGGUGACCUUUUUUUUUUGUUGACCUUUGGCCUUCAACUUCAUUGAAUGAUCAACUUUGAUCAAAAUAUGACCCCAUAUCGUUUUUUGUUGGUCAAGGGUCACAGCAUACUUUUGAUUAAAAAUAGCAUACUUGUUCAUAUUGACAGGCCAUCGUGAUGUAGGGGUGCCAUUAUACUGUCAUGCGUUUUACUAACAGCUUUUGUUUGUGUUUUAACAGUUACUUAUACUUUGGUUGAAAGUGUGUCAGAUUUUUAGUGCAAUAUUUGUACAAAGUAAGCUUUGUUUAUUUUACUGUUAUAGACAUAUUUAUAUUUAUUAAAAUAUACAACAUGAA